UUAAAAAAGAACGGUGUGAUUGUAAAAAGGAAGUUUUGUAUACUAACAGUAGCAACUAAUAAAUAUGUAUAAUAUGCAAAUUGUACGCGACGCUAAUGCAGAUCGAGGAAUAAUGCUAGGGAUUUUUUCGUACAGCAUGCGUGUAUCUUUUCUUUACUACUUUGAACGAUAAAAUAGUUAUUUGUGAUAUUUGUAAUAUACUUGUUUAUAUUAUUGUGUAUUUUAAAGUAAAGAUAUCGUCGUUGAAAAAAUAAAAUUUGUAAAACACCGGUACUACCUGAUCAUCGAUUAAUUUCAGUAAUAAGCAUGGUGGGUCGAUUCCGGGAGCGGCAGUACCAGCUAGCAGCCCAGAGGCACAACGAGGAGUAUCUCAAGUACAAUUAUUACCAGCAAAUCGCGACAUACUUCGAACGUCAGUGCAGAAUCGCGAGGCAAUACGAUUCGUGGAAUUCCAGGGGUGUAGAUCCCAAGGGAGAGCUAGCGAAGGCCAAGAAGGCAGAGAGACUUCUGGUGAGACGAAACAAACUACGGCAUCUGUUGAAGGAGGAGGAUGAGUCAUACAGGAAAGAAUUGGAAGAACAGAAAAGACUAAAGAACCGUCCCGAAGUACCUUCGUUAGAGCAAUUGAAGCAGAGAUUGAAAGAGAAACGAGCGGAGCAGAGUUUAUAUUUGCCUAAGACCUGUCGAAGGUAUCAGUCGUACUUCGCGUGCUCAAAGGAACCCGACAGCUCCCGUUCGAGCACCCUCAGGGAUACCAACCUUCAAUAUUCGCGGGUCUGUAGGGAUUCGACUAAUUUGAUUCGCGAAAACGGAUAUUCUCGUCACAGCAGUUCUGGUAUGAGCGAGAGGAGUAACAAGCAAGAACAGGAAAACGUAGAAAAGAGACAGGAAGUUCAGCGGAGGUCGUCGUUCAGCAACGAACUCGUCCGGCCUAACUCCAGAUACUCCGCUCGCUACGCACGCAGGAGUCUGGAGAACACCAACGUGAGGAGCGACGAUCUGACAGACUACGGAUCCAGGUCAUACAGCAGAACGUCCUUUGGCGACAGAUAUUCGCCGAGCAGCGCGACUCCAUCCCGCAUGAACGACAAAGAGAACGCAUCAAGUCCAAAAGUCCGAGCGAAGAUGGAUGAACAAGAAGUGAACACCAAGGAUCUGGCUCACCAGAAGGAGAGUCCUCACCGAAGAUUCCAGGAGAACGAUCACACGGAACUGAACGAAUCGAUCAAAAGCGAUAGUGCACCGGAGACGCCCACGGAGGAACCGCUGCAUCAGUUACGGGACCUGCAGGAUAAAUACAGCUCUAAGGAGGAUACUAACGCUGAGGUAGACGUGAAAACAUCAGAAAAACGGCAAUUCGAGGUUGAGAAAAGCAUGCCCUGGUUGCGAAUGGAUCCUAACGAUAAGAAUCUCUCGAAACAAAUGUUUCUGUAUUUGACUCACAAUGAGUUGAAGAAUAAGAUCGAGGACUUGUCGAUCAGAGAGUCGCAUGCUUGCAAGAAGCAGUGCUGGGACGAGGCACUCCGUUUGAGGGAUAUGAGAAACAGACUGGAAUUGCUUCGUGAGAAGAAGUUGUACAGCAUUGAUAAUCUUGAGCUGGAUGAAGAGACGAAGAAGUUGGGAUUGAUUAAUAUUGAUAAAAGGGAGAACGAGCUGGCUGAACGCGAGGAUGCUUGUACGGAUUCAACGAUGUAUAGGUAACUAGAAAUUUUAAUUUUUUAUUAUU